GGAGGAGGGCAGCCGGCAGGAGGAUCAAAGCUCUUCAGAGACAGCUGCUUGACAUCCGCAAGGAAAAAACUCUGGAGCUGCAGCUACUGCAGGAGAGGUUGGAGGAGGAGAGGAGAGUUCAUAUGGAGACUGGAGACUUUCCUCAAGAAACAUCAGACAGUACGUGUGCAGUGGUGAGUCUGGAUGAGAAGCUGGAGGUGUGGAUGGAGCGCUAUGAGAGAGACAUGGAGGACAAGCAGCAGGAGCUCAACAGCCUGAGGAACAAAAAAGCUAACAAUCUCUCCCAGCUCCAGGAGCUGGCCAAGAAGUACAGAGACAUUGAGCAGGUGGUCAUCGAGGACAGGAUGGAGAAAGAGGCCCUACGCAGGAAGCUGGAGAAGGAACAUAUGGAGCGAGACGCAGCCACCAAGAUCCAGUCGUGGUGGAGGGGAACAUUAGUGCGACGUGGCCUGAGCCCCUAUAAGAAAGGCAAGAAGCCCAAGUCAAGGAGGGAAAGAAGGGAAAGAAGAAAAAGUGAGGUGUCCCUUCUUCAAGAGCUCCAGUGA